GAAAGGUAUUGAAAGGCCGAGAUACGCGUCAAUUCUGUAGCUCCUUCAAAUAAAUGCGUGUUCUGCAGAAUAUCUGAUUCUCGGUGUUUGCAGUUGUUUACUCUGAUUUGGAAAUUUUUCAAAAUUCUCCUCUCUACUUGAUCUAACUUGUUUUUGACUCGAGAAUCUUGUGAUGUUUACACCACUGUGUGACUCUAAACGUAUACUAUCAAGUGCCUGGAUUAUCAGUCAAAAGUUACACACAGGUAGCAUAGUCUGCAAAAAUAGUAGAGUUGGUGUGGUACGUAGAACAAGAGAUUGUUCCAUGCCUCAGACGUAUGAACAAACAAAAAAGCCACAUCAGAUAGGUUUAAUGAAAUCAUGGAAUUCUUGGAAUACGUCAAAUUUAGAUGGAGAAAAACGUUACACUGCUGAAGUCACACUUCACGAUCAGUUUAUUCGGAAGUUUAUCAAUGGAACCUUUCCUUUAAUGGUUCAAAGUGAGAAAGAUAAUGAAAGCUUUGCAGUUAAAUCAACCAGCUCAGAGAACACAAUCAAAUCAAAAAGAAGUUAACGACUCAACUAUUGACUAUUGUCUAUAAGUGAUUACUAGAUGUACAUAUUCUCCCAAUACUACUUAUUUGAAAGUUUUACUUUUUUCCUACUUAGUGUAACUACUUUUUUAAACAAUUAAUUUUAUUACAGGUUAUUAUUAAACGACAAUGGAAUGUGAUACGUGUAGCUUUCCUGCUUCAUCCACGAUUGACACCAGGAGAAAUUAACUUCCUAAUUGGUUAUACAGAAGAAAUGCUUUCCCUUAUACUUCGAUGUAUUGUUAAAUUAGAAAUUCAAUUGAUCGCAUCUAAGAAGGAUGUAAUAUUUCGUUAUGUUUAAUAUAUACUGGAGACAAUUGCCUUCAUUUAGCUUCUUUGUAUAUAGAAUAUAUUAGACAGAAAUAAACAAAAAAUAUGUGUACAGUGUAUCAAUAGCUAAAGUGUUUUUCACCUGCAUGCUUGAAUCGUUUUUCUAUCUUUAGAGGGUUUCAAAUCAAUCUUGUUUCUAAAAGAUCACCAUUUAAAUUCAAG